AUGUCUUGGAAGCAAUCUAUUAGAGUAAUUGCUGAUUUCGGAACAACUGCAUCUGGUUUCACCUAUUCCCAUAUUUCAAAUGAUGAACUAUAUACUAAUGAUAAGUGGCCUGGAGAAAUUGGUCAACUGAAAACUUGUACAGUUUUACAAUAUGAUGAAAAGUAUGAAAAGGUUGAAUCGUGGGGUCAUUCUGCUUUAGCGAAACGUUAUAAUCGUAAAAGAGAAAGAAACGUUAAUCAAAGACCUGUAGAAUUAUUUAAAUUGCAUUUAGGCGAAAAUUUAUUGAAAAAACCAGCUCUUAAAGUUGAUUAUAAGAAGGCCAUCACAGAUUAUUUAACAGAAAUUGGAAAGCUAAUGCAAGAAAAAAUUACGAGUCGUUGGCCUAACGUAAACUAUAAAAAAGAUGUAUUGCACAUUGUGACUGUUCCAGCAGUAAUUGGAUUUAUUUCAGUGCCAAGUAACCCGGUUGCAGCAGUAGUUAAAGGAGCUUGUUUAUAUGGCAUAAGCAUGGUCACAAGUGAGGAGGAUAAGCUAGAAGGUUUGAAAUUUGUGGUUAAAAGUAGAAGAUUGAAAUAUACAUAUGGUAUAAAGGUGUUUUAUGAAUGGAAAAAAGGAGAUCCUAUAGAAAGAAAAGACUCGUCAAAUUCAAUAUCUAAAUUCUAUAAAUUGGCUGAAAGAAACACUGAAGUUAAAAUUGAUCAAGAAUUUUCCAUGACAUUUUAUCCUAGACAUGCCACCCAAACAUACAUCAGUUUUCUAAUAUUUACAACGACACAACAUAAUAUUGAAUAUUGUGAUGAUCCAAGUGCCAAAUUAUUGGGUAAACUAAACAUAAGUUUACCUUAUGAUAAUUUGGGCAAAGAUAGGCCAGUUUCUUUUUCACUUAGAUUUGCUGCAAUGGAAAUUAUCGCAAAAGCAAAAAACUUGACCAAUUCACAAAACUAUUCAACAACCUUUGAGUUGAAUUUCGAUUGA